AUGGGCUGUUGUAGUAGUGCAGCAUCUAGAAAAAAUAAUGAAAAACUGCCUCCUAUGUCUACAAGUUUACGAGAAUAUCCUAGAAAGAAUGUCCUGAACAUAAAAUCGUGCCGCCAAUCAGCUUCAAAAAAGCAGAAAAGAUGUGAUGUUGAAUUUACUGUCACGAAUCCUGUCUUUGCAUACUCAAAGCGGUUUAAUAUUGAUAAUAAAACAUUGUGGGCGUCUGCUUGUGUGCUGCCUGGGUUCGACCCAAAGGGAGAAAUUCCGAAAACUUGCCAAGACAGCUGCACAUUUUUGAAUGAUGAGAACAGUGUUUUACUGGCACUGUUUGAUGGGCAUGGACCUGAAGGAGACAAAGUAGCGAAAAGAUGUGGAGAAGUGACAGAGAAAUUUUUCUUGACCAGAAAAUCAAGGUUUGAGGUAAAAAAAAAAUAGGAUGAUCCGAUGAGAUUGCUGACUCUUUCAUUUUUUUUAUAUUUUAUAAAAAUAAAUAUUAAAUAUUAUUUUAAUGAAUGUUUUUAUUUUUUCAGAUGGAGUAAAUGAAAUCACGAAGAGAUGCGAUGAUGACGUCCAAGGUUCCACAAAACUUGACGCCUAUUAUUCAGGAGCUACAGAAGUCUUAGUUUAUUAUCAUAAUGAAAGCCUUUAUUGCGCAAGCUUACUCCAUUUAGAGCAAAAGCAAAGCUGCUUAAAAUUUAGUAUAAUUAAUUGAAAAUCGCAUUAGUUAUAUGCUUUUUUGCCUUGAGUGGCGUGGUACGGGCGCCACUUCGGCAAGCUCCUUCUUCCAGUUGGCCGAGCCAACUCAGGUUGGUUCGGCCAACUAGAAUUGACAAGUCUCCCCAAAAGGCCUCACUUGUCAAUUCUCCAGUUGGUCGAACCAACCUGAGUUGGCUCGACCAACUGGAAGAAGGAGCUUGCCGAAGUGGCGCCCAUACCGCGCCACUCAAGGCAAAAAGCUAUAUAUCUAAUUACUAUUUGUAAAAAUUUAUAAAAAAAAAUUUUUGCUAGCUAUCCAAAGGUAUUAUUUUUCCCAAAAUAUAUAUUUUCGAAUGGUUUUGCUGAGCUAGGAGACUCAAGAGCAAUUCUUGCAACCACUGAGCCUCCUGAAACCAGCCCGGCUCCUACAGCUUUGUGGGGAGAAGAAAAAAAAGUUUUAGACGAAGUAAAAAUUCGAAGAAAUAGCGAAGUAAACUCAAAAAUCAAAGCAAUCCAGCUCACAAAGGACCAAAAACCAGAAGACCCUGAAGAGCACGCAAGAAUUAUCAAAAGUGGCGGCAGGGUCCAAAGAACGCGUGACCAAAACGGCAACCAAAUUGGUCCUUUCAGAGUAUGAGAAUCAACAGUAAACGCCCCAGGGCUCGCAAUGAGUCGGUCAAUAGGCGACGGCAUGGGCACCAGAAUAGGUGUCAUCUCAACGCCUAUUUGUACAGAGUAUCAGCUAAAAGCAGAAUCUGACUAUUUUAUUGUAGUUGCUUCAGAUGGUAUAUGAGAUGCUCUCGACAAUCAAGACGUAGUAAAUUUUGUGGAGUAUCAUAGAAACAAAUGUAGGAGAGAAAUUAUGGAAAUCCCAACCGAUGAAGUAAUUUCACAGGAAAAUGCAUGCAUUGCACAACUUUUAUGCGAAGAAGCAAGAGCAAGAUGGUUUACUAUUGUAGAGGAAGAAGAUGUGAUGAUUGACGAUAUUUCUUGCGUGAUUUUGGAAAUGAAUGAAAGCCAAUUUUUUAUUGGAAAAAGCGAGAUAAAUAAACUUCCAGAUAUAGAGCCUGCGGUUAAGCGGCUAGAUAGUAAAAAGCAUAAAGUACCAUCUUUAGAUGAAGUAAACCUAUUGGAUCCAAGAAGAAGCUCAAUUGUGCAAGAAAGCAUGGAUAUCUUAUUAACUGACUCCCCCCCCCCUCCGUGAGUGAACAAAAAAAUUUUGUUCACUCACGGAGGGGGGUUAAUUUUUUUUUUUUUAAAAAAAUUUAUAUAUAAAUUUUAUAAAAAAUAUUUUUUUUCGAAAUUUAAAAAAAUCCUAAUUCACAAAAAUUUGAAAGCAAAUAUUAAUUUAAUUUAUAAAAUUUUAUUUUUAAAAAGCAGUUCGUUAAAAAUUAAACAGAAUUAGCUCUAGAUUUCAUUAUACUAAUUAUCAUUUAUACAUCAAAAUUUUUUUCCAUAAAAAUUUUUUCUAUUAAAAAAAUUUUUGUUCACUCACAGAGGGUGGGGUUUUUGGGCAAAAAAUAGGGAUUUUUCUAAUGGUUUUGUUUACUCACGGAGGGGGGGGGGAGUGAGUAA